ACACACGGUGCGACCAGCCAUCAACUCUCUUUCGGUGUCCUCCUCCCCCACCGCCAACAAGCGAUUGCCUGACUGAGACUCGCCUGUAUUCUGCCAAACAAACAUGGGCGCCUGCUGCUCUUCAAAGAAGAAGAAUCAGGGAGAAGUUGGAGAGAUUCGAGAGGAUGAUUUGAAGGGAAUUUUUAGAGAGUUCGAUCUCAACGGAGAUGGAUACAUUCAAAGGGAAGAACUGCGCGCUGUCAUGCAAAAAAUGGGACAGUCUCCAACGGAAGACGAGCUCGACGCAAUGUUCCAGGCCGCUGACAAGGAUUGUGAUGGAAAUAUUGAUUUCCAAGAAUUCCUUGUAAUCGCCAAAGCGAACCCACUUUCGCUUUCAUUGAAGGCUGUUUUUGAGGAGUUGGAUGUUGACGGAGAUGGUUACAUAACAAGAUCCGAAUUACGCACUGCCUUCCAAAGAAUGGGGCACUCUCUUUCCGAUCAGGAUAUCAAGGCCAUUUAUAGGCACGUCGAUCAAAAUAAUGACGGGAAAAUCAAUUUCCAAGAAUUCUGCGAGAUGAUGACCCGGAAAAAGUGAAGAAUGAUUCGAGACAUUGAACAAUGAAAAAAAUAAAAAAAAUAAAAAAUACGCCCCCGGUGUUUCUAAAAGUGAUAAUUCCAAACUUCUAAAUUCCAAAUUCAAAAUUUCAAUUCCAAAUUUCAAUUCUUAUAUCAACCAUAUUGCUAACCAACAAUUGCUGCUGAAUACGACAUAGUCAUUUUGCUCUUUGCUGAGCAAGCAUUUUCGGAUAAAACUCCUAUCAUCUACUUUCAAUCCCGAUCCAACCCACAUUUCUUGUCAACCCAAGCAAAUUUACAGUGUGCCUUUUUUUGUCAACUACGAACUUUUAAUUUGUUUUUUUUUGUAUAGUUUUUCUUUCAAUCUUUUCAAUAUGUAAUUUUUUGUGUCUCACAUAUAAUUGGUAUAAUAAUAAUUUUCAAUGCUUCC